ACAAAACCAUCAUCCCACGAGCAGAUCGACAGGAGUGGGAAGAGCAAGUUUAGGACCAACCAAGGAUGAAGAGCAGCACGCUGGUGGCGAUCCUAAUCCUCCACACCAUGACGGUCAUGGGAAUCCUCUCACACUCACAGGCCGUCGACGUCGAUUUCCCCAAGUGCUGCGACAACUGCAGCACCUGGUCGGGGGGCAUGUUCUGCGACGACGUCGGCCCCAAGUGCCGCAACGGCUGCGCGAACUGCCACGUGGUGCAGACGACCCCCGUGAAGACGUUCCGGUGCGGAGAUGCACGCGCCGCCCACUUAGGGCAUCUCCAGCCGCGCCCCCAAAAAAGCCUUUCCAGACGUUUUUUUUGCGCCGACGUCGAAAAAUCGGCCCAGUCGCGCCCUCAGCAGUCCGAUUUUCGCCGG